GGAGACAGAGGCACCUGCUUUACGUAAUUGAUAUCCUGGGGAAUUAUUGUGUACAAUAAUCAAGAAAAAUCUUCAUUUCUAAUUCUAUUAUGUUGGAAAAAAAAAACCCUUUUUUCUGCCUGCCUAAAACAAACCCCACUUCCACAUGGAAUAAGCUCCAGACCAUGUUUUCUAUUAUGCUUGAAUAUAUGGGACAUGCAUUGCAAUCCUAUGCUUGCCACACUGCUGCAGUAUACUUGUUUUGCAGAGCUCUGUAGCAGGCUAGUCAAAGCUGUGACUAACCAGACCCUUGGAUACAUACUCUGAUCUCUGGCCUUUAUUUUUACAAUGAAUUUGAUUUGUUCAUUGAUCACAUAUUUUUUCUGAUUUGUGCGAAGCUUCAUACUCUGUGUCUGGAUGCUGACUGCAAUACAGCAAUAGUCUUUGAUACGCUUUACACUCUCAAAUUAAAGCUUAAAAACCUCCAAGGAAGGAAAGGAGGCCAGAUUGGAGGGGGAGGAGGUGAGAGGAAGGAAGCGGGUGGAGAAAACCACUAUAUUCCCAAGAUGCAAGGAAAGUUGAAAAGUAGAAGAAAAAAUAUAUUAAAUCAGUGUAAGCUAAGAGAGUCACAGUGUACACUCUGUGGGGAGCCUGAAGAUUUGGAUUCUCUAACAGGGCAUGCAUUUCCAGAAGAAGAGGGUGGCGAUCUGCUCAAGUCGAGCUUCAGUUUUCCAGGGACGCCAGAGGAGGAGCUAGACCAGCAGUACUCAUGGUCACCUUCUCAGCACUUCAAUGAAGAAAGAUACUCUCCUGCUUCGAGGAAUAUGAAAGGAUUAUCUAGUAGUCGCAACCAACCACAGUUAUGUUCAGCUCAUACCUGUGGCUUAGCAUCCCCUGAAGAUUGUGAACACACCCACGACCAUAUUCACCAUGGGCAGGAGCCAAGGCAAUCCUAUCUUCUCAGCCCCACGGAGAGCUGCCCGAUGGACCACCAUCGUUGCUCGCCACGCAGCUCCAUUCAUUCUGAAUGCAUGAUGAUGCCCAUGGUAAUGGGCGAUCACAUGUCAAGUAGCACUUUUCCCAGAAUGCACUACAGCUCACAUUACGACUCCAGAGACGACUGCGCCAUGUCUCACGGUAACCCUAAGAUUAACCGUAUUCCUGCAAACCUUUUGGACCAAUUUGAGAAACAGCUUCCUCUUCACCGGGAUGGGUUUCACACUUUACAGUACCAGAGGACCUCAACAGCUGCGGAACAACGCAGUGAGAGCCCGGGAAGAAUACGCCAUCUUGUUCAUUCAGUCCAGAAACUUUUUACUAAAUCUCAUUCUCUGGAAGGAUCAUCCAAGGGCAACGUUAACGGAACAAAGGGAGACAGUCGAGGGGAUGACCAUCAUCAUGGGCACCAUUCCAAGCACAGCAAAAGGAGUAAAAGUAAGGAGCGAAAACCAGAAAGCAAGCAUAAAUCUGGAAUGAGCAGCUGGUGGAGCUCUGAUGAUAAUUUGGACAGCGAUAGCACUUACCGUACCCCUAGUGUGGUAAAUAGGCACCAUGCAGAUCAUAUAUCCCAUUGCUAUCCUGAGGCACUCCAGGGGCAUUUCGGGGAUCUCUCAUUGAAGACUUCCAAAAGUAACAAUGAUGUGAAGUGUUCAGCUUGUGAAGGGCUAGCUAUGACCCCUGAUGGUAAAUAUAUGAAAAGGAGUUCUUGGUCCACGCUUACAGUAAGUCAGGCUAAAGAAGCAUAUCGCAAAUCAUCACUGAACUUAGAUAAGCCUCUGGUUCAUCAGGAAAUCAAACCUUCCUUGAGGCCAUGCCAUUACCUUCAGGUACCUCAGGAUGAAUGGGGAGGAUACCCAGCUGGUGGGAAAGAUGAAGAGAUCCCCUGCAGAAGAAUGAGAAGUGGGAGCUAUAUUAAGGCCAUGGGAGAUGAAGAAAGUGGAGACUCUGAUACUAGUCCCAAGACAUCACCAAAAUUAACGGUUCGACCAGAGUCAUUAUUAAAAUCCAUUGGACAAAGACCACUGGGAGAUCAUCAAAAUCAGAGCUACCUUCAAACUGCAAGUGACGUGCCUGGGGGUCACAACCUGGAUCCCUCUGCAAACUACAAUUCCCCAAAGUUUCGCUCAAGGAAUCAGAGCUAUAUGAGAGCAGUGAGCACACUCAGUCAGGCCAGCUGUGUUAGUCAGAUGAGUGAAGCAGAGGUUAAUGGGCAAUUUGAAUCGGUGUGUGAAUCAGUGUUUAGUGAAGUUGAAGCUCAGGCAAUGGAUGCCCUUGACCUCCCUGGAUGUUUCCGAACAAGAAGCCACAGUUACUUGCGUGCCAUUCAGGCAGGCUAUUCCCAAGAUGAUGAAUGUAUACCUGCGAUGGCAUCUUCCAACAUCACCUCAACUAUCAGGUCAACCACAGCUGUAACUUACACAAGUUACAAAAAAACACCGCCACCGGUACCCCCUCGUACCACUUCCAAGCCACUGAUAUCAGUCACAGCACAGAGCAGCACAGAAUCCACCCAAGAUGCAUAUCAUGACAGCCGGACUCAGAGGAUUUCCCCAUGGCAGCAGGACGGGCGAGGGAUGUACAACUCCACUGACAGUUUGGACAGUAACAAGGCCAUGAAUCUUGCCUUGGAAACUGCAGCUGCGCAGCGCCAUGCAUCCGAGAGCCAGAGCACCUCAAUACGAACCAGUGACAAGGCCAUUUUGGUGUCAAAAGCAGAGGAGUUUCUUAAGAGUCGACGUUCCUCUAUAGGGAUCCAGGUGGAAACAGCAACUGAUUCAGAUACUGAAAGCAGAGGCCUACGGGAAUACCACUCUGUUGGAGUACAAGUGGAAGAUGAAAAAAGGCACGGACGAUUCAAGCGCUCAAACAGCGUAACAGCAGCUGUCCAGGCUGAUCUGGAACUGGAGGGCUUUCCAGGACACAUCACCAUGGAGGACAAGGGACUUCAGUUUGGCUCCUCAUUCCAGCAGCACUCAGAGCCCAGCACGCCCACCCAAUACAGUGCAGUAAGAACUGUACGGACACAAGGACUGUUCAGUUACAGAGAAGAUUAUAGGACCCCAGUUGACACCUCAAACCUUCCACCACCAGAACCCUGGCUAGAGCCUGCCAUUGAGACAGUAGAGACUGGUCGAAUGUCUCCUUGUCGACGGGAUGGAUCUUGGUUUAUGAAGUUGCUGCAUACUGAAACUAAGAGAAUGGAAGGGUGGUGUAAAGAAAUGGAAAGAGAAGCAGAAGAAAAUGAUCUUUCUGAAGAAAUCCUAGGUAAGAUCCGCAGUGCUGUUGGAAGUGCUCAGCUCCUCAUGUCUCAGAAAUUCCAGCAAUUUUAUUGGCUUUGUCAGCAAAAUCUGGACCCGAGUGCCAUGCCGAGGCCAACUUCCCAGGACCUAGCAGGUUUCUGGGACUUAUUGCAGCUCUCAAUUGAAGACGUCAGCAUGAAGUUUGAUGAACUGCACCAUUUGAAACUCAAUGAAUGGAAAAUAAUAGAAUCACCUGAAAGGAAGCCAACGGGUUGGUGGAUGGAAGAAAGAAAAGUUCCUCCUCCUGUACCAAAGAAGCCCCCAAAAGGAAAAUUCCCUAUCACAAGAGAAAAAUCUCUGGACCUACCGGACAGACAGCGACAAGAAGCUAGAAGACGGCUAAUGGCUGCUAAGAGAGCAGCCUCUUUCCGGCAGAAUUCAGCCACAGAGCGUGCAGACAGCAUCGAGAUAUAUAUCCCAGAGGCUCAAACCCGGCUUUAAAGACAGAAUGCUGCAGAGUUCCUUUUUUAAACAAAUGCUUGUACAGUUUGUCACUUACCUGGUAAUUUUUGUCUCAUUCUCUCCACUAAAUAUGCCCUUGCUGUUGUGUUCUUUGUGCCAUAAGCACAGUGGAAUGCUUUUGAUUUCCUCAGAAUUUGCUGAGCUCACCGCAAGAACGACUUCUUUUUGUAUUUAUUGUCUGACUUACAAUCAGCUACAAUGGAUAGGGCUUGUCGAGACCUGACUUAUCCAAUAUAUUCUCAGAGGACAACAAGAAACACCUCUUGAGAUGGAACCCAGCUUACUUUUUUGUUAUUUAUAUUUUUAUAAAAUGUGUGAUAAUUAGGGAUAAGAAUAACAAACUAUAAAUGGGUGCAUCUCACCAUUCACUAGAGGCAUUAGCUAAUCCAAGUAGAAGGUGCUACAAAUGUAAAGAGCAGGAAAGAAAGAACCCAUUUAUCUCUCUGACCUCCAGUUUCUUUUCCUAGAACCCAGCUAAUAUAUUUACCCAUGUGCUCUGCCACUCUUCUCAUCUUUGUUACUGCAGAAUAACAUUAGGCCUCUCAUGUCAUGUCAAGUUUCUGGAGAUGAACAGGGAUAUCCAGCCACUAAAACUCCAAAGUUCAUCAGAAACCAAGAAGCGUACAAGUCUGGUGGUGGUGGGAAUGCCCACUGAGAAACGUUUGCUGUUAGCAGUAUAACGACACUCUGAAACGUAAGCAAAUUUAUAAUGCAAGAGGACUUGAGUGAUGGGUGAAAGGAAAACGGAAGCCUUAAAAAGUUAGAUCUUCUGUAGCAAGAUGUGUAAAGAAAAAGUUAUACUCGCUCCUUCGGAACACUCAUUGCAUUUUUAACAGUUCUUUUCCGUGUUAACCUUUAUUUUAUAAAUGUUCUCUCUUUCAUUUCAAGAGCUGUGCUACAUGGAAUAUUUCAAAUGCUCACAAUGUUCUAACAAUUGAGUUUCCAGGGUAUCCUUGAGAAAAAAAAAGAAAAAAAAAAAUCUUGCUUGUUUAAAAUGCCAGUUGUGAUGUUGUAAACAGUUUAAGAAAUAUGAAUGUGAGUGGUAAGUAUAUCUAAGUUUAAAUGGUUAUGUUAAGGUAAAGGUGAACUGUGGUUUACAGCUGUAUUUUUUUUUUUAGAACUAUUUUUCUAUGCAGUAUCAUUUAUGGCAAGAAGAAGCUUCUUGCUUGCUUCAGACAUAAAAAAUAAAAAAUGUGGUUGAAGAGAUAAGUCAUUUCCAGUUAUGGAAUAUAGGAAAAAUCAUAUAUUUUUGAGCCUCACAUUGUCAGAAGAGAGAAGUGGUAACUGCCACAGGUAAGAGGCUUUAAUUUAAAACAAAUUAAGACAGAAUUAUUCCACUUCACCUACCUUCCACAGCAACUGAGCAACCCAGCACUUAGAAGUCUUCAGGUGAAGACGCAAUAAGACGAGAAUCCCACAGCCCCCAAUUCCAAGGUUUGAAUCCUACUGAGCACUACUUUAGGUCAAAACAGUUCAAACCCAGUGAGACAGACAGCCCCAACUAUCACAUCCCCUGUAUUUCUGCUGUAACAAAUGCAAUGUAUUUAGCCAUAGGCAGAACAGCUAUUUAAUUCUACUCAAGCACUUUGGUUCUUCACCUGAUGAGCACUUUAAAUCUGAAUCCCAUGCACCCUGCAGCCCGAUGGAUGACUGAAAACAUGAAGUAUUGUAGGUUAUGCAGAUCUGACAUUGCUUCAAAUCUGUUUUGGUUUGUUUUGUUUAAUUUUUCCUUUUUCCUUCUCUUUUUUCCUACAGUGUGUAGUAUUAAGCAUGAGUUCUGUCUUUGGAGCACAGCUGAUAAGGCAUGUUUAGCUUCAAGAUAUGAAUUUGUAGAGAUGAAGUUUUGAGAAAUUUCUGUGAGGAGAAAACCCUCUAAAUCGAGCCUGAUAUCUGGUAUAUACUUUACCAAAUAGCCUUAAACUAUAUUUGGAAGCAAAAACCAAGACGAAUGUAUAUCCUUCCAAAAUGCAAAAAAAAAAAAAAAAAAAAAAAAGGAAAAAAAAAGAAUAAAAAAAGAAAAAAAAAAGAAAU